AUGACACCAGAAGAUUUUGAGUUACUUCAUCGCCUGAUUGCUCAUCGAUUGCGAAAAGCAAGUUUUAGGGAGCCUUUGCCAACAAAACUAAGAUUAGCAUUGGUGCUAAACUUACUUGCCAAUGGUGACAGCAUAAGAACAACACAAAAUUUCUUUCGAGUAGGAAGAUCUACCAUUUAUAAAAUACUAGAUGAAGUAUGUUCCGUUAUCUGGGAAGAAUUGUCACCAUGGUAUUUAAGAAACAGAACGUCAAGAGAGUGGAGGAUAAUUGCUGCUGGAUUCCGAACGAAAUGGGAUUUUCCGAAUUGUAUAGGAGCUUUGGACGGAAAAGAAAUAGCCAUAUCAGCACCACCAGAUACAGGCAGUCUUUUUUUUAAUUAUAAAAAAUUUUUUAGUUUUAAGCUCCUAGCAAUUUGUGAUGCUCAUUGUCGUUUCACUUGGAUUGAAGCUGGCGAUUGUGGUUCUGUUAGUGACUUAAUUUCGUUUAGAAAUACUGAUUUUCAUAAGGCAAUAUUAAACGACGAACUGAAUAUUCCUCCAAGUUGUCUCUUGCCGCGUUCUAAUAUCAAGAUGCCUCAUUUUUUCAUUGGAGACGAGAUCUUUACUUGCCAAAAACAUCUCAUGAUCCCGUUUGCAAGACACAGACCUCUAACAAAUGCUCAAAGUCAUUAUAACUACCGAUUAUCUAGAGCUAGGCAUACAAUUGAAGCUGCUUUUGGAAUUUUAACUGCAAUGUGGCAGAUUUUAAAGAAACCUUUAAGGUUUCAUUUGCAGACUUCAAUUCAUGUUGUUUUAGCAACUGUUUGCCUUCACAAUUUUAUUUUGACGAGACGGUUACAACGAGGUGAAGAAAUAGACAUCUCUGAAAAUAUGAAUGUAAAUAGAGGUAAUUUUUAUAUUUUUUUAAUUAAUCCUCAUGAAAUAUUACAAAUUUUAUGAAUUUUUUUGUUUUUUUAGCAUUUUAAACUUAGAAAUCGUAUUUAACAAGGUAGAUAAGUCUUAAUCUAUGGUUGUCGAAUGACAAAACGAAGAUGCAGAGGGACGAGAUUAGGAGAGUGAAGGAGCAGUUAGCCGUGCGUCGACGAGAGGGAGAAGCAAACAUUUCUUUGGUUUUUCGUCGUGGAGUUCCCACAAUUAUUAAAAUCCCUCCCUGUAAACGUACUUCUAUUCUCACACUUCAGAUAGGUGGGUAAACAGUUGGCCAAUCCA